AUGGCUCAUGUGACCUUCACAAAUCUAAAGUGCAUCAGCAACAAUCUUUCCCUUGUAGAGUUUCAGCAUUGUCGUAUUAAAGCCGUUAAUCGCACUCACAAAUACAUCACCAUUCAUCUUCAAAAUCACAUGAAAAAUAUAAAUUCUGCCAUGUUGAAUAUAAAAGUGCUCCGUUUUAAUCAUGGUUAUAAACCCUUUUUCUUUAACCUUAACUUCGAUCCCUGUCUGUAUUUGAAGAACCCAAAUAAUCCUGUUAUCCACCUGUUCUUAAAGGCCGUAAGACAAUCCUCCAAUCUGAACCACAGCUGUCCUUAUGAUCAUGAUAUCAUUGUAGACAAAUUGUGGACUGGAAAUCACGAGACAGAUUUCCUUAAAUAUCUUCCGGUACCGAAUGGCGAAUAUGUGCUCAUCUUUACGGCUUCCAUUUCCAACUAUGAACUGAUAUCUGUCCACACAUUUCUGCAAGUAACUGGUUAAAACUGGAUAUAACAAGUAAGAAAACUACCGUUGAGUGGACUCAACUUUAAGACACCCGUUA